AUGGUCCCCAAGGUCGGUAUCAACGGUUUCGGUCGUAUUGGCCGCAUUGUCUUCCGCAAUGCUAUCGCCGAUGGCGGUGUCGAUGUCGUCGCUGUCAACGACCCCUUCAUUGAGGUCCACUACGCUGCCUACAUGCUCAAGUACGACAGCACCCACGGUCAGUUCAAGGGUACCAUCGAGAUCGAUGGCACCACCGGCCUGAUCGUCAACGGCAAGAAGAUCCGCUUCUACGCCGAGCGUGACCCCGCUUCCAUCCCCUGGGGCGAGACUGGCGCUACCUACGUCGUCGAGUCCACCGGUGUCUUCACCACCACCGAGAAGGCCUCUGCCCACUUGAAGGGUGGUGCCAAGAAGGUCAUCAUCUCCGCCCCCUCCGCCGAUGCCCCCAUGUUCGUCAUGGGUGUCAACAACACCGAGUACAAGUCCGACAUCAACGUCCUCUCCAACGCCUCUUGCACCACCAACUGCCUGGCUCCCCUCGCCAAGGUUAUCAACGACAACUUCGGUCUCGUUGAGGGUCUGAUGACCACCAUCCACUCCUACACCGCCACCCAGAAGACCGUCGACGGUCCCUCCGCUAAGGACUGGCGUGGUGGCCGCACUGCGGCCCAGAACAUCAUCCCCUCCUCCACCGGUGCCGCCAAGGCUGUCGGCAAGGUCAUCCCCGCCCUGAACGGCAAGCUGACCGGCAUGUCCAUGCGUGUCCCCACCGCCAACGUCUCCGUCGUUGACCUGACCUGCCGCAUUGAGAAGUCCGCCACCUACGAGGAGAUCAAGGCCGUCAUCAAGAAGGCCUCCGAGAACGAGCUCAAGGGCAUCCUCGGCUACACCGAGGACGACAUCGUCUCCACUGACCUCAACGGUGACGACCACUCCUCCAUCUUCGAUGCCAAGGCUGGUAUCGCCCUGAACCCCAACUUCAUCAAGCUCGUCUCCUGGUACGACAACGAGUGGGGUUACUCCCACCGUGUUGUUGACCUGAUCUCCUACAUCUCCAAGGUCGAUGGCCAGUAG